AUGCCCUGCCCUUCCUUUGCAUCUGAAGAAGCACCAGAGGAUUUGCCUACAUUGCUCAAGACGGAGAUCCAGGACUGCACUCCCAACAAGGCAGGUCACAAGAGCACCAUUCUGGAGGAUCCGCCCAAGGUCCUGCACCGGGCUCAUACGGCCCAGGCUGGAUGCAAUUUGGAUCUAUCCAAUUUCAAGCACGAGAAGAAGGAGUACCGCCGCAGUAUGUCCGCGCCGGAGCGGCUGCAGAGCACCUUGCAUGACGCCGGACAACAGUUGGAGAGUGCCUGGUUCUGCGCUGGAGAGAAGUUAUGGCAGAUGCUCACAUCUUCCCGGCAACCGCAACUCAUUUGCGCAAGCUUCGGUAUGUCUUCGCCCUAUUGGCAUGUGCGGCAUGUGCGCUAG